AUGCCGUCGGGUGAUUUCCCUUCGUCAUUUGUGCCACGGCGGCCGCCUGCCUUGCUGCUUGCGCAAUGGAUCCUACCCAUUGGUACCUGCACAAUCUUGGUGUCAAAUGCCCAAAUGGCAACUGUUCCGCUUCAUCAAAGCUAUUGGGCCCAGGUAUUCCCAUCUGUUGUGCUCUUUGCAUUUUAUCCUGACUUUGUGUAUACUGCUGAGCAAAUCAUUGCUAGUAAAUCUGUUCGCCGGCACCAGCAAGGUAUUGCGGGCUCUAUCAUUGGCAUGUUAAAAAUAUAUGGGAAUAGUCUCAGGUUGGCAUUUGCCUCUACUAUUGAAGUUCAAAUUAGCAGAAGAUCGGGAAGCCAGGUGUUAGGUUACCGAUCUGCACACUUUUUUGGUGUUGCAAUUAGAUGA